AACGAGUUUAAUAUCAAAUAGGCUACCUAACUACACAAACGCACCCAAAUCCCCUCAACCUUCAGAUGAGUACAUCCCACUAUGCUUUGCGAUGGGCUGACAAGUGGAUCCAAGAUGGCGUAGAAAGUAAAGCUAGACAUUCUGUCCCUGAGUCAUGGCGGACAGGAGAGCGGAAAAGUCAUGUGAAGAAGCUAGCGGAUCCAUAGCGAGGCGGGAGUACGAGGCAGCCGUCAGCCACUGCACCGACGUUCUGCUGACCCUCGGACCCCCGGCCCCGCCCAGCGCUGCCCCCGAUGCCACCACGCCCCUCCGCAGCCGCGCCCUCCUCUUCAGGAUCGCCGCCUUCCUGCAGCUGAAAAACUAUGAUCAAGCUGACGAGGAUUGCAAACACGUGCUGGCUGAGGAGCUGGCCAGGGCAGACGGGUUGUUCCAGGCCAGCCUGCGCCUCAUGCUGCUGGACGGUAGCCUGCAGGAAGUGGCCAGCAUUCUCUCCAAGUCCCUGUUCGGAGAGCCCAUGAAUGGAAUCGUCACAAAGGACCUGACUAGAUUAAAAAUGCUUCUCUCCGAAAUUGAAGCUGUGAACGGGGAGAUGGCGCCAGAGUACACGGAAGAGACGGAGGAAGAGGUGCAGGACGGCUGGCAGUUCCGCCCCCCUCCCAGAGGAGUGACCAGCAGUGAGGAGUACACACUGUGCAAGAGGUUCCUGGAGCUGGGCCUGUGUCGCUACGGGGCCCAGUGCACCUCGGCCCACUCCCAGGGGGAGCUGAUGGAGUGGCAGAAGCGCUACGCCUCGCGCCUCAUCCGCCUCAAGCAGCACCAGGAGAGCAAGCACUUCACCGAGAACUACAUGGAGGCCCUCAUCGAGAAGUGGAUGAACUCCCUCUCGCCCGAGAAAGUGCUGAGUGACUAUCUGGACGGAGUCAACGUGGAGACCAGCUCCAGCCUGUCGGUGACCGUCACCACCAAGAAGUCCUCCCACUCCUGGACCUUCUCCUUGUUCUGCAAGCCGGCCAGGAAGCUGUACCGCAUCGCCCUCCUGUACGACGCCCACCGGCCCCACUUCUUCAUCACCGGCGUGUCGGCCGGCGCCGAGGCGUCCUCGGGGCCGGGCCCCAGGCUGCGGGCGGCGCCCGAGGCCUGCCAGGAAUGGACGCCGGGCGAGGAGGCGCCGGGCGACAACGGCAUGGACCACUGCACGUACACGGUGGCGGUGGGCUUCAGCACCGAGAUCUUCGGCACCUUCCGCCAGACCAUCGUCUUCGACUUUGGCUCGGAGCCCGUGCUCAUGCAGCGCAUCAUGGUGGACGCCGCCUCCAUAGAAGACCUGGAGCACCUGAUGCAGGCCAGGCAACAGCUCCUGAUGACGGCCAAGCGCUGGGACUCGUCCUGCAAGACCAUUGUGGAGUUCGGCCCCAACGAGACGGUGGAGCUCGAGCGCAGCCUGCUGGCCCGCUACCAGAUCCCGCUGUCGGCCGACCAGCUGUUCACCCAGUCGGUCCUGGACAAGAGCCUGACCCGCGACAACUACCAGGCCCGCCUCCACGACCUGCUCUACAUCGAGGAGAUCGGCCAGUACAAGGAAGUCAGCAAGUUCAACAUCAAGGUCAACCUCCAGCUGGUCACCAGCUUCAUGCUCACGGGCAUCUCCGGCGGGGCCAAGUACGCCCAGAACGGCCAGCUCUUCGCCCGCUUCAAGCUGACCGAGACGCUGUCGGAGGACACACUGGCGGGCCGCCUGGUCAUGACCAAGGUCAACUCGGUCCUCCUCCUGCCCCUGGUGCGGGAGUGGGGCCACCAGCAGCCCCCGGGGGUCAAGGAGCGCGUGUACGAGGCGGUGAUCGAGGAGAAGACCAAGGACUACAUCUUCCUGCGGAUAUGCAAGGACUGCUGCGAGGAGCUGGGCCUGCUGCCCGACAGGGAACUACAGGUGGAGCUGCAAUUCCAGUUGAACCGCCUGCCGCUGUGUGAGAUGCACUACGCUCUGGACCGCAUCAGAGACACCACUAUCCUGUUCCCUGACGCCAGCCUCACCCCUACCAUCCCCUGGAGCCCCAACAGGCAGUGGGACGAGCAGCUGGACCCGCGGCUCAACGCCAAGCAGAAGGAGGCCAUCCUGGCCAUCACCACGCCCCUCAGCAUCCCCCUGCCCCCCGUGCUCAUCAUCGGACCCUACGGCACGGGCAAGACCUUCACCCUGGCACAGGCCGUCAAGCACAUCCUCAGGCAGGACGACAGCAGAGUCCUCAUUUGCACCCAUUCCAACAGUGCGGCAGAUCUGUACAUAAAGGACUACCUACAUCCGUACGUGGAAGCAGGAAACGAGCACGCCAGACCUCUCAGGGUAUACUUCAGGAACCGCUGGGUGAAGACGGUCCACCCGGUGGUGCAGCAGUACUGUCUGAUCUCCAACACACAGUACACGUUCCAGAUGCCCGGGAGGGAGGACAUCCUCAGGCAUCGCGUGGUGGUCGUCACCCUCAGCACCUCCCAGUACCUCUGCCAGCUCGACCUUGAGCCCGGGCUCUUCUCCCACAUCCUGCUGGACGAGGCAGCCCAGGCCAUGGAGUGUGAGACCAUCAUGCCUUUCGCCCUGGCCAGCAAGAGCACCCGCAUCGUGCUGGCCGGAGACCACAUGCAGCUCAGCCCGUUUGUGUACAGCGAGUUUGCGCGGGAGCGCAACCUGCACGUGUCUCUGCUGGACCGGCUGUACGAGCACUAUCCCCCAGAGUUCCCCUGCCGCAUCCUGCUGUGUGAGAACUACCGCUCCCACGAGGCCAUCAUCAACUACACGUCGGAGCUGUUCUACGACGGGAAGCUGAUGGCGAGCGGCAAGCAGCCGUCCCACAAGGACUUCUACCCCCUCACCUUCUUCACGGCCCGCGGCGAGGACGUCCAGGAGAAGAACAGCACGGCCUACUACAACAACGCCGAGGUGUUUGAGAUCGUGGAGCGCGUGGAGGAGAUGCGCAAGAAGUGGCCGGUGGCGUGGGGCAAGCUGGACGAGGGCAGCAUCGGCGUGGUGUCGCCCUACGCCGACCAGGUGUUCCGCAUCCGCGCCGAGCUGCGCAAGAAGAGGAUGCACGAGGUCAGCGUGGAGAGGGUGCUCAACGUGCAAGGUAAGCAGUUCCGGGUGCUCUUCCUCAGCACGGUGCGCACGCGGCACACCUGCAAGCACAAGCAGACGGCCAUCAAGCGCAAGGAGCAGCUGGUGGAGGACUCCACCGAGGACCUGGACUACGGCUUCCUGUCCAACUACAAGCUGCUCAACACGGCCAUCACCCGCGCCCAGUCCCUGGUGGCCGUGGUGGGAGACCCCAUAGCCCUCUGCUCUGUGGGCAGGUGCAGGAAGUUCUGGGAGCACUUCAUCUCGAUCUGCCACGAGAACUCCAGCCUGCACGGCAUCACCUUCGAGCAGAUCAAGGCCCAGCUGGAAGCCCUGGAGCUGAAGAAGACCUACGUGCUCAACCCCCUGGCCCCCGAGUUCAUCCCCCGUGCCCUGCGGGCCCCCCAGCACCCGCACCCCCACGCCCACCCGCAGCACCCCCACCCCCAGGCCUCCGUGGGCAAGCAGGGGCCCCAGCAGCAGCAGUCUCCCCCCAAGGGGAAAGGACAACAUGCGAACCACACAGAGCUCUUUCCACCGGAAGGGUUUGUCCAACCCAACCCAGCGGUGCUGAUGGGCAACCCCAUCCGGGCGUUCUCCCCGCCCCAGGGGGGCGCGCCGGCGGGCAUGGGCAAGUCUCCCAGCCCCGUGCAGCGGAUCGACCCCCACACGGGCGCCAGCAUCCUCUACGUCCCUGCGGUCUAUGGCGGCAACAUGGUCAUGUCCAUGCCUCUGCCUGUGAGUGAGCGUGUCGCCAUGGUGCCGCACCCCCACUAUGACAUUGCAGGCUCGACACAUUUACCCUGGCCCGGCUACCAGAACCGCUUCCCCAUGGACCCACGCAUCAUGAGCCACCAGGCAGCCAUGGCCUACAACCUGAACCUGCUAGCCCAGAACCGCGGCUCGCCGAUCCCCUACGGCAGCGGGGGCGUGGCCCACCCCUCCCCGCUGGGCAUGGGCCAGCAGACCAGCCCCGACAAGGAGCUGCAGGCCGACCCCAUCAGGAACGGUAAGAUGGAGGGCUGUCCGAAGUCGGAGCAGAGCCGCCUUCAGACACCAGAGAGGAAAUCUUCAGACAUGAAGGACAAAGGGGAGUUGGACCCCGGAGGACCAGGUCGAGGCCUGGACCCCCAGACAGAUGGAAUGGGCUUCCCCAAUGCUGCUUUGCUCCACCGCAAGGACCCCUCAGGCCAAAGACCCCUCAACUACCACCUGGCACCCCCCAAUCCAGCAUUCGCCCCUGGGCCCCACCCAGGGGGCAGAGCCUUCCAGUACCCUGUAUCCAGGCUCCCGUUCCGGGUCCCCCCUCAGCAUCCCGGCUCCUCCAUGACCCAACAGAACCAACAACAGCAUUCGGCCCAGCUGUCGCCCGCCUACCCCAGUAGCAGUCACAAUCCUUCCUUCUUCAGCGGACCCAUGCCCCCCCACAGAGGAGUGCAGUCUCCAGGCUUAGAAGGCGACCCCGGGGUCUCGGAGGAGAUGGGCAACUCGAUAAGGGGUCCCAUUGGACACCAGGGAGGUCACCACCCAGCCCUGUCCCAGCCCGGCAGGGUCAAUAGCUUCGGGGAGGAGAGCCAGGAUGGAGGAAUGGGAGAUGGACUUGACCCUCUAGCUCUUGAGGCCCUGACCCAGCAGGCCAGACUGGGCCAGUGGGGCGACCCAGGGCCGUUCCUCCAGGGCGGGGUGGCCUUCCCCCUUCCCCAGCAGCUGGCCCACCUGGCCCAGCCCGGCCUGGCCCGCUUCCCCCCACAGCUGCUCCGGGCCAACUGGAGAAUGAGCGCCAGCAUGGAGGAGGAGGCUGGCGCCGCCGGCCCGCCCUUCAGCAGGUACCCAGGCCUCCUGAGAGAGAUGCCCCCCCAGGAGCAGAUGGACCCCAGGGACCCGACUGAGAUGCAGCCCCCUCCCCAGUCCCGCCUGCUCCAGUACCGCCAGGUCCAAUCCCAGUCCCGUUCCCCAGGGGACCCUUCUUCUCCAUCUGCCUCUACAGCCAAUCACACGAGCUCCUUCCCUCCGUGUCCCUACCCCCUCGACCCCAGCCGCGAGCUGGACCUCCUCGGCAACCCGGCUCUGCAGCCGCACCCAGGGAACCCCCUCUACAACCCCAACGCAUACCCACACUCGGCCCACCAACCGCAGGGCCACUCCACCACCCCUCCUCCGGCGCAGGUCAAAUACCUCCUCCAGGAGGCCCAGUGGCCCCACGGCGGAGCUGCGGGAGGAGCCCAGAACCACAUGCUGGGGCAGGGCCAAAACCAAAGCUUCCCCUACGGGCUUCCGGUCAUGGCUCACCCCAGCAGGCAGGAGCAGGUCCACCUUAUGCAGCUUCACCAACAACAACAACAACAGCAACAACAGCAGCAGCAGCAACAGCAAGGUCAAGGUCCAGGCCAGGAAUCCUAUCAUCCACUCUCACCCAGAACAGCAGCAGCAACUGCCCUUCACAAUGUAGAAGAGUAUGAACCCAGGGGUCCCGGCCGGCCUCUCUACCAGAGGCGCAUCUCCUCAAGCUACCCAGACGAGACCGCCAGCGCCCAGGCACCCCCGCCCUGUCCAGCCGACCUCCAGGAGCACCCCCACCAGCACGGCCACCCCCACGCCCCCUACGGAUACCCCCCGCCUGAACUGUGGCCUGGCGGAGGCCCCCCCGGCCCGUUUCACAACAUUCCAUGCAACGGAGCCAGCACACUUCAGCACCGGGACCUCAUAGCAGCGUCAUCCAAGGCCUUGCGGCAGGCAGAGGAGCAGAUGAAGGCAGAGGCGGCGGCAGCAGCAGCCCCUCAGCCACCCCCCCACUCCCUCCAGCACCUUGGACAGUUCCCCCCCCUCAUGCCCAACAGCAAGCAGCAGCAGCCCCCCUCAGAGCCAGGUCAGAGUCCUGGAGGCUCCCAAAGCCUCAGCAAACCUCCUACCAUGUCCUACGCCAGCGCCCUGCGUGCCCCACCCAAGCCCCGAGCGCGCCCCGAACAGGUCAAGAAGAACAGCGACCCACUUUCCUUACUUCAAGAGCUCAGUAUAGGAAGUUCAAACGGUAGCAACGGAUAUUAUUCCUAUUUUAAAUGAGUUCUCCCCCUCCUCCUCCUACCCUUUAUAUAGAAAAAAAGCUACAAAAAAAGGAAAAAUUGAGGAAAAUGAAGAGAAAAAAAAAAUGGUACAAGUGCUUUUACAAAUCGUUUCUAUUGAUAGUUAUUGUUUCCCGCUUUUCUUUUGUUUCAAACUUUUAUUUGUAACAGUCAAAUCUUUCUUCUGUUUCACAUCUGUGAAAAAGUAAGAAAAAAAAAAGUAUAUAUAAUGAAUGCAUUACUGGUAUAUAUACAUAGUCAUUGUGUAUAUAUGAAUAUAUACUUAUAAUAUGUACACUUGUAUAUGUACGUAAUGCCAAAAAAAAAGAAAAAAAAAAGUUACAAAAUAUUUUAAAAACACGAUUCGGUUGACCACUUAGCUGCCUGUUAGCUUUUCCCUUUUUGAAGUUGGUUAUGUUGGCCAUUAAAUAAGUCUGUUAAAGGGGUUUCUUUGUUUAGUUUGUUUUUUCAAUUUUUGUGAGUGGACUUUAAGCAUCUUGAUUUUCAUCCUGGUUGUGAGAACAGGCAGAACAGCUAAGUGGUCAAUUGAUGUAUUGAACUAUAUGGAACAAUGUAUAGAAGUAGAUAAAUUUCCCUCUAAUCUGUACAUAAAAGAAAAUAAAUGACUGAGUUGUAUGCCACAGACAUGUACCUACAUUUUCCUGUACCAUGUUAGCAUUUAGCCUUGGUUUGCUUUGGAUCCUUAAUCCUUAAACAUCCUCACCUUUUAACAUCAACUACAGCAUCAAAGAUUAAUCAGUUUUGUCAUAUUGAUUCUUGCAUAAACGCACACACCGCAAACAUACAAAAAUGCAUUUAUAGAUUUCAAGGAUGUCGGUUGCACGUACAUUUCCCUUUUCCACAGGCUUUGUGUUCUUGAAAAUAUGGAAAACUAUAGAAACAUGAUAAGCAUGCAUAGUUGCAUUGAAGUGAGGUGUAGCCCCACCAUUGUGUGAUUCCAUCUUAGUGAAGAAGGGCAGAAAGAACCUAAGUCCAAUACCAUCUCUGUGGACUUGUGCUUUGACUAGCCAAUGCAUGUGCUCUUAAGUACGGUCUUCUGAAAUUUGCAGGCUAUGUUUAUCUGUUUUAGUUAUGUUGCUAGUAUACCGCUACUUCUGUUUCCACUUAUAGCUUGAGACAGUUUUCUCUCCUUCCUGACUAAAAGGUCUGUCUAGGUCGGUUGUGCCGUGAGCGGAUUCCAUCUCAACUUGUUGCAUUACCAAUCAACACAUUUUUCAAAGUGAUUUCAUUUUUUUAUUUUGAUCUUUUCAGACUUCAGGUAUAUGUUAAUGAGUUGUCUUUUGGAAUGUUUUUUUAAUGUGAUGGUGACUCAAAAGGAAUGUGAAAGUGUAGAGGGGAUGCUCAAGCAGGUCUGACUGGGUGGGCAUGUAGGAUGGUUGGUGGAUGUGAAGUGAAAAUUUGAUGCGUCUUUGUCUUUUGAUUCAAGCAUAACGGUGAUCCAGAAACAAGUGAUUCUUUCAGGUGAUGUUUUGACCAAUUUAAACCCAGUAAAAUGCAAUUUACUCCCUCUGUCGAAACUCAUGACAGCAAUAUCACUACCUUGCAUUCGGUUCUUUUUAACAAAGGUUACAUUUACAGAACUCUUGAGACAUUUUAUUAUUGUUGUCGGGCAAAUUUAGAAUGCAGGAAUAUCUGUUUUCGUUGCAAGUAUGUUUUGAUUUGUAAUGUAUGUAAAUACAAUCAUAGGUCAUUGACCCCACAAAAUAUAUCUUCCAGUGUAGGCCAAUUUUGACCAGUGAGCACUUCUAACUAACAUCUAAACCAAUUAUUUUACGAAUUAAACAUUUUAGGGUUGAUUCAUCAAGCUGAACGUACAUCUUUUAUAGUUUGUGCUCUCUAUUUACUUAUAUAUACAUUUUAAAAAAGCAGUUUUGACAAAAUAAUCAUGCCAAUUAUUUAUUCAAUGCAAACUGGUAACAGGUUUGGUAUGUUUCAUGGUGUAAAGUUUUUGUAACCUUUUAUUUGACAAUUUGUGUUUCCCCCCCACCCCAAACGACAAAACACACAUUUUUACAAUCACAGAAAUUGUGAUUAUAAUUACAUUUAUUUAACUCUAGCUUUGAAUUAUCUGCCCAUCAACUAACAUAACUGUCUUGAGUCCAACACAUUAAAAAAACAUCUAGUAAUUAUUUCUUUUUGGUAAAAUUUGGUAACAAUCAUCUUCAAUUAUUUAUUUCAAACGAUUUCGCAAGAAUUCCAAGGUCCGAAAUUAAAGAGGUUGGGCUUUUUUGACUUGUCACUCAAAGUACACAAACUUGUAAAUAUGCAUUUUCUAGGUAUUUACAAAAAAGGUUUUGGGAUCGCCUCAAUUUUGUAGAAGCAGUUUAAAGAAGAGGUAUGCCCUUUUUAAUUAUGCAAAUUCACUAAAACUACCGAAAUGGACAAGGAGGACCCAGUUGGCAGUUACAAUGUUGUAUAGUAUAUAUCCAUAUAUAUAGUAUAUAAUGUAACUUGUUUGAUUUAAUUUUUGUAAGAUCACUUGUGGCUGUUUUGACAAAGAUUACAUUUUAUGUUGCAGGCUAAUAGCUAAUUUUUUCUUCUUCUGUAGAAUACCUAUUUUUCAGUUAAUAUUUCCGUAUUUCCUUCUAUUUUAUCACUAAAUCAAAACCGUUAAACAAAAUCCUUUUAAUUUUACCGGUGCUUUGUGGUUCGACAAUGAUUUUCGUGAAGACUGUGCGUUCAUUUUGUGCAUGCCAAGAUGACCUGGCUUGUUUUUCCCCCGUUUUUAUCAAAUGGUUUGUAUUGAUUUGUGUAAAAAGAGAAACAAAAUCAUGCUUUUGUUCUGUCCCUGCAAAGUCAAAUUUUUAUAUAUUAUUUGAUGUGUACAAUGACUUGUGACAUUAUGAACAAAACUAUUAUAAUAUUUUACUAACAUGUCAAUGUAAUGGUCAUGUAAUUUUUCUUUUUCUGGAAUUAUUUUGCUGGGCAGGUUGCUCCCAAUACAUGCCACAUUGUUUAGUCUUGAACAUUGCAAAUAAGUGUUGAACAUCAAUCUGUUUCCCAAAAAUUAGUUGUUGUAAAUGGGGCACUACAAAUGUCUAUUUCAGAAUGAAAUGCAAUUGAGCCAUUCUACAUGUUGGUCCCUUGGUGGUGUGUGUAUAAGGCAAAAAGUAUGGUAAACUUGUUUCCAGCAUGGUUCUGACUUUUGACAUGGAGAGGGGGAAAAAAACACACAAAAUUGAUUUAUUUGAUUUUCAUUCAGUGGGUUUGAAUGGCUUGCGCACCCACACCUGACCCCACUUGCAUAUCAACACACCUAAGUGGGGUUUUUUAAAAGUUCCUUCACGUUGCCUUUGUAUACACCUUGCCUAGCGAACUUGAAUGGCCGAUUUGUAUGGGAGCACCCUUUUGCCCAGCCAGUAGAGAGCACUGUGUUCAGCCUUUUGUAAAAGCCACAUCUUUUGUCAUAGUCGUCCAUCUUGUCUCCAGUCUCCUCUGUUCCCCUCUGUACAUCAGUAAAUCCAUGGCACACCUGUUGUCCUGGAUACAGAUCCUGAAGGUUCCACACGUGUGGGUCCUUGAUAAUAAUGAAUAUUUCUGUUUCACUUUUCAUUUCAAUCGGUGGUGGUUAUGAUAAAGGAUUUAGACUGUGUUUCAAAGGUUUUUCUUUUUGUUUUUUUUAAAUUUGUUUCUCUAUUAAAGUGUUUUUAUUGAAAUGGU